AUGGAAGAAAAUGACUUCUUAGUUAAGAAAUGUGGACUGAAAUUCGAUCCUGUGGGAUUAGUGAUCUCGUAUGUGGACAUGCACACGAAUAAAAUGCGUAGACGCACAAUGCCUUUACGAGAUUUCGACAAAAAUUCCAAAAUUGACAAUGUUGUGUUGGAACUACAAGACUCGAAACAUAAACGAUUUAUUAAUUUGAUUCCGCGAGGUCAGCUAGUACGAUUACUCACAAUAGCGAAAGACAAACUUACAGGAAUGAGCCUAGAAGCCAGUUUAGCUCGAAAUAACGAUCUCGAUAAAAUAGACCCUGAAGAAAACCUCAACAAAGUAGACGAAGAAACGUUACAACGGAAAAAGCUACGCAUGGACGCACUUUUUGAAAGAAAUCGUAAAAAACCUGAUGAUCCAGAUUUCCAAUAUGAUAUUGAGGUAGACUUCGAUAAUGAGGCGAAAAUUGAAUCAUGUGGUUGGGAUUCCGAUUCCGAUGGAGAAUUUUGA